AUGGAUUUCUCAGAAAAGAAGGACCCAAAGUCCAUCCUUCCCAUGGAUGACAACUUCACGCCACCACGGGUACUUAUCUUGUGUCCGGACAAGACACUAGCGCCAAUGGCUGCUGCGGAACCCUGGUACAUCUUCAAAGAAGCUGGUUGCGUCAUUGAAUUCGCUACCGAGAAUGGCGAUGUCCCCAAAGCCGACCAGCGCAUGCUGGAACGGUCCGCUUUUCGCGACAUUAUGGGUGCAACAUUAGAUGACAUUGAAAAAUUCUAUAUGAUGGCUGGAUCAGAUGAAUACCUAAACCCUCGAGCUUGGUCCAAUGCCAGCUUUUCGCUACUUCCAUAUGAUGCCAUCUACAUUACAACGGGAUUCGACGCAAGGAUGCGACAGUUCGUUGAGUCCGAGUCACUUCACAAACUUUUGGCAUCCUACUUCCCGUUGACAAAGCGACGACGAAUGGUCCAGCGGGCGCCUACACUGUCUGAUAAGCUAAAGAGAAGGUCAGCCGUGAUCCAAGACGACGGCUGCAUGCCAAAGACAAUCAUCGAGAAACACGAAGAUGAACUUGGUCACCUAGAGGGCCCCAGGAGGGUCGUGGGUGCCAUGGGAAAGGGUGUUCUAGCACUGUCGAUGUCUAUGGUUGUAGACAACCUGACACCCGAAGAAAGGAAGAGCGCCGAAGAGGAAUGUGCAGUUCGAGUCGGCGCUUUCCAAGAGAAGAAGAAGCAAGAGGCCGAAGAGGCACAGAGGAUAAAGUUACACCGACGCUCCUCGUCGCUCGCUAGAAUGGCCAAAGCCCUACCACUACAGCGAUCGGCAACAACCGGCUCACUCUUCAAGUCGCGAAGAGAAAAGGACGAAGGUUCAAAGGGCUGUCCUACACCACCUACCCUCCGCUCUGUCAUCCACGAUGUCGAGACCACUACCACCCCUGCAUGGAUGGAGAACCUGGGUACAACAGUCUCCGCCGUGACCGGUUUCAAGAAUAUGUUCAAAACAUAUACGAAGAGCACGCAGGAGCAAGUCGUUUCCGCUCUCAAAAAUCCGACACUCUAUCACGCGGGACCCCCAAACAAGAAGCCAUUCACCCACUCCGCAUCCACCCACCACUACGUUUCUGCAAGGUACCCACUCGAAAGCACGUUGGCCGCCCUACACGUGCUCGAGGAGAUUGCCAUCGCGAGGGUAGAGUGGGGGAAGUCGCGGGUGUGA